AUGGGGCGUCCCGACGCCAUGCAGGCAAGAUCCCCCGGCGGCGGCUUCCGCGGGGGAUCCCGCGGGAGGGGCGGCUUCCGCGGGGGUUCUCGCGGCAGGGGCAGAUCGAGCUCGCCUGGUGGCGGCGGGCGCGGGGAGAUUAGCGGAGGGAGGGGCGGAGGAAGAGGCGGGGGAAGAGGACUGAGUAGGGGCGGGGGGAGGGGUUUCGGGGGAAGAGGCGGGGGGAGGGGAUUUGGCGGAAGUGGAGGGGGAAGGGGAGGCGGAAGAGGCGGCGGAAGGGGCGGCGGAAGAGGAAGGGGGCGAUGGAGCGGCGGAGGGGGAAGGGGAGGAUACGGCGGCCGCGGUGGCGGAUUUGGCGGCGGGAGAGGCGGCGGAUUUGGCGGCGGAAAAAGCGGAGGGUUGGACAGCGACGAAGACGAGGCGACGCCGGUAGAUGCGGGGUACGAGGUGGCAGAGGAGCUUCCGGAGGAAGCUUCCACGAAGAACCGGCGGUACGAUGACGUGGACGUGUACGAGUACGAGCUUCCCGCGGACUUCGAGGACGAGGAAAUCGACGAGGACGAGGCUUUUACCGAAGAGGAGAAGAAGAUGGGGAUGGGACGAGGGGCGGGGGGGGAGGGAGAGGAAGAGGAGGAGGAUGAGGAGGAGGAAGAGGGAGGGGCUAGGAAGCCCCGGGGUGCAAUAGCAUUGAAAGCAUCAGCAGUGGUGGGGGAGAGCCUACCUGAGUCAGAGUUCAACCUCACAGCAGCCAAGGGCGCAGCGCUGGCAGCAGCAGCAGACGCAGCAGCAGCAGCCGCGGCAGGAGGGGCUGUUGAUUUCCCAACCACUACAGCAGGUUCGGCAGCUGCUUCGGGAGGGUUAUCUGUGGAGGAUUUGCUUCGGCCGCUGGGGCAGGUCGGGGCUGAUCUGUCAGGCUUGGCGAAAGGCUCGGCGGAAGGCUCGGCGGCGGCAGGUUUGGGAGUGGGAGGUUCGGCGCUGGCUGGGCUGAAGAAGCAGAUGAGGCGGAUUGAGGCGAGUGGCGCUCCUGACACGGGCCCUCUGCCCACUGUGGUUCGGGAGAGACUGGAAAGAAAGGCGGCCUACGAGGCCUCUUCAAAAGAAGCGGCCAAGUGGCUUCCCCUGGUGCAGCAGAACCGCCAAGCGCCCUCCCUCAACCUGAUCGACGAGAUGCCAUCGCUGCCCACCCUCAAGUCAACGGACAGGCUGGUCAACAAGUUCAGACCUCAGUCGGACAUGGAGAGGGAGGUGGCUGCUGCAUUGGCCGCUGCAGGCGUGGGGGACGACAGGAAGAUCGCCCACGGGGAGGCAUUGGCCCUCAACAAGUCAACAAGUUCCGACCCCAGCCAGUCAGAGAUGGAGAGGGAGGUGGCAGGUGCUCUGGCAGCUGCAGGGGUGGGGGAUGACCGGAAGAUAGCGCAUGGGGAGGCCUUGGCUCUCAACAAGUCAACGGACAGGCUGGUCAAGUUCAGACCCCAGUCGGAGAUGGAGAGGGAGGUGGCUGCUGCAUUGGCAGCUGCUCUGGCAGCUGCUCUGGCUGCUGCUCUGGCUGCUGCUCUGGCGGCGGCAGGUGUGGGGGACGACAGGAGAAUCGCGCAUGGGGAGGCACUGGCUCUCAACAAGGUGAGUUCUCAAUAA